UGGACAGAGAAUCACGUGGUUAAUACGUCAUACCCAGAAGAAUGACAUGUUUGUUUAUCGUUGCUAACAUUCAGGUAUCUUAAUGCAAAGAAGACACACGUUGGCGGGACCAAAAUGGCAUCGUACUUUGAUGAACACAACUGUGAGCCCACCAACCCUGAGGAGCAGUAUCGCCAGAAUGCACUACUUGAAUUGGCCAGGUCUUUGAUGCAGGGCUUGGAUUUAUUUGACAAUGGGGCGUUCGACUUGUCGGACUGGGACCAGCGUCUUCCUCCUCCGGCUGCCAAGACUGCUGUUCAGACGCUCACUGUGGUCAUCAUUUCUCCAGAGCAAGCAGACAAAGGUCUGAAGUGUCCUGUGUGUUUGCUGGAGUUCGAGGAACAGGAGUCAGUUCGGGAGAUGCCUUGUAAACACCUUUUCCACUCGGGAUGUAUACUGCCGUGGUUGGGAAAGACCAACUCCUGUCCGCUCUGCCGACUUGAAUUACCGACUGAUAAUCCGGAGUAUGAGGAGUUUAAAAAAGACAAGGAGAGAAGAAAACAGAGGGAGCACCGGCUGGAGGACCUACAUGGAUCCAUGUACACAUGACGUGACUCCGCUGUGGUGCAAGUCUGUGGCACAGUGACAUUUCACCAAAAUACUUUAAUACAGAAUGUGAUUUCAAGCAUGAGUGGGGAAUAAACCCUAGAUUUACCUUUAAAUUUGUAGUCAUAUAUAUAAAUUACACCUAAAAUACCUACCAGUUGGCAAAAUGAUCAACAAAACUGCAAGAAGUUAAAAGCAAAAUGACUUCAAAGCCACCACACCUCUAUCGAAACAAAAUACAAUAUUACAAAUAUGUAUCACAAUAACAACACUGCUGUAAACACAAGGCUAGCAAUUUGUGUGACCUUCUUGAUGCUUCUUUCUCACUAGUUAGACUGCAAAUAUUUUGAAAAGCUUUUGACUCAUUUCUGUUCAGAUGCUUUAUCCCUUUCAAAUAUAAACCUUUGAGCUUUAAAGGCACAACUGUUCAGCUGUAUUUGUCUAAUUAAUAGGAAUUAUUUAAAGACCAGAGUAUAUUUUAAUCAGUUAGAGAGAGUUUUUAUGAAGGCAGAAAGGAGAAAUGUGUAAAUGGAAGCAGAGAGGCCGAGAUAUCCUGACUUUAAAUCCCUAGUGAUGGUCGAACUCCAAAGAUACUGGAUGCUACAUUUCUCAUUAUGCAUUUUAUAUUAAACCAUUCCUGUUGGGUAAAAAUCUGUUAAAACAGGGUAUAUUUAUUGUCCCCAAGCCGAGGGACAAUGCUGUCAUUUUCAACAAGCAGUAAGUAUUUAUGCAAGCCAUCCUUUGUGUCAUCUGCUCUGCCACAGGUUGUUUCUAUUUUUUUAUAAAUGUCACUGUUAGCUGUUGUUGCUGAAACGAUUCCACACUGCCUGUGUAACUAGUACUGUAUGAUGUCAUGUUUAAAGCACCAACUUACUGUCCUGGAAGGACCCAAGCAAAACAUCUAACCAUUUUUUAAUUGCUAUUUCAUAUUUUAAUAUAAAUCUCUGGCAAAUGAAAAUACCCUUAAUGAUAGACAAGUCCAACGUAUUUACAGAAUUUAUAUAAAAAGGAAACAAAAUAA